GUUGGCAAGUGCCGAUGAGCCUCGCGGAGGAGCGAACCGCGGCGCGGGGUCUGCGGCAGCGGGAGCRGUAACGUCCCCGCCACGGCAGCGCGGAGCAGGGAAGCCCUCUCUAUGCGGGGGGACUUUUACUGACUGAUUCCAGCGACACCUUUGAAGCGAAGGAAGAAAGAAGCGGGGAGGUGGGAAAUGGCAGACCACAUGAUGGCCAUGAAUCACGGGCGAUUCCCUGACGGAUCCAGCGGGCUCCACCACCACCCUGCCCAUCGGAUGGGGAUGGGUGCCUUCCCUACCCCCCACCACCACCACCAGCAACAGCAGCAGCAGCAGCAGCAGCACGCCUUCAACGCCCUCAUGGGCGACCACAUACACUACGGAGCUGGGAAUAUGAACGCGAGCAGCGGCAUCAGACACGCCAUGGGGCCCGGCGGCGUGGGCGCAGGGCACCCCGCUGGCACCAUGCCGCCCGCCGCGCGGUUUAGCGGCUCCCAGUUCAUGGCCCCCGCCGUGGCCAGCCAAGGCGGGCAGCUCACGGCCAGCAUGCAGCUCCAGAAGCUCAACAACCAGUACUUCAGCCACCACCCCUACCCGCACGGCCACUACAUGCCGGACUUGCACCCRGCGAGCCACCCGCUCACGGGCAGCGGGCAGCACUUCAGGGACUGCAGGGACCCCAAGCACGGCGGCGGCGGCGGCGGGGGCAGCGGGCCGCCCGCCGGCCCCCACGGCCCCGCUGCGAUGCUGCCCCCCAAUGUCAUAGACACUGACUUCAUCGACGAGGAGGUGCUCAUGUCCUUAGUCAUCGAAAUGGGCCUGGACCGCAUCAAGGAGCUGCCCGAGCUGUGGUUGGGACAGAACGAGUUUGACUUCAUGACAGACUUCGUUUGCAAACAGCAGCCCAGCAGGGUGAGCUGCUGAUUCCCUGGAAGCAAACAAAGGACUUUCCCUCGGUGUGAAUGGAGGCAUUCCCACAGACACAGUGUCUCACCUUCCGGGGCUCGGAAAGGUGAGAAUCUGGAAAGCAGAGUAAACUAUGCGCCGCUUGUAUAAAUUUUGGGUUUAAUUGCUGCCACUCUUUUUUUUUUU